AGCCUUGUUUCCGGUCCGGAACCAAAGAACGGUUUCAGUUUCCAGCUCGAUGGCCUGUCUCGGUCCUCCCGUCCCAUCUGCUCUUGCUUCAUUUCUCUACUCAUCGCUUCCCCGUGGCUUUGCUGUAGGCCCUUCACAUCUCCAUGAGGGCAGGCUGGGGCUUUGGUGGGUCGGACGCUCACUGGAGGCUGGAUCCCUGCUGGGGAGAGACGGGGACAUUGAGUGGGCCUCAGAGUAUCACGCUGAGCCGGAAAUUCACAGUGAAGACGGCAAACUCGCCACAAACUUUGAGACCGAAAGAGAUCAGACAACGAGAACAGAGGAAGAACAGGCUUCAGUGGCGAAAGCAGCAACUCGAGAUGCUUCCAUACAAAGAGCUGUCUGGGUCAACUUUGCCUGCCAGGCACCAAGCAGAGCCCAGCAGAACGUGACGGUGCAGUGUGUGUGUGGGGAUGUGUGUGAGGGCGAGUGUGUGGAUGUCUGUCUGCGUCUGUGUCGGGACAUCCAGCCGGGAACAGAGCUGCUGCUGUACGGUGACAGCGUGGGAAAAAUGUGUUCACAUGUUCGUGGUGACUCCGCUGGACAUACAGGAGACAAGGUGGAGCAGAGAGACCACUCAGAAGCCACAGCUGCCAGUGUGUCAAUCAAUAAAGAAGUGACAGUUAACAAACAGGAAGAGAAAAUGCAGGACGAUGAAGAGGAUGAAGAUAGAAACCCCAAAAGAUGCAUCGAGAGGAGUCACCCAAUUACACAAGCGAGGAAGAGAGUCAAGGGAGUGUUGUCGGAGCCGAGUCCAGACUAUGACAGACAGCAGGACGAUACCACAGACAGUGUAACAGACAGGACACCUGAUGAUGACACAGCAGCAACUGGUAGCAAAGACAGUGUCCCGUCUCCUGUGGACAGUCAGCCACACUGUAACUCUGCUGAAGGAAUAAUGGCAGAGCCCAGAGUCUUCCCUGCAGCCGCUCCUGUCCGCUGCAGCUCCCGCCUGGCUGCUAAACCCCGACGGGUUCAUUGCCUGAACAGCCGGGUGAAGGGACUCCAUGCCCACCCCGACUCAUCCAAACGCUCAGAGGCACAGAGCCAGACCUCCACCAAGGAUGGAAAAAGCUCCACAGAGAUACCAGAAGGUGAGAUGGCUGCAGCGCUUUGUCCCAAUGGAGUCACCCAUAUGUGGCAUUCAGAGACUAGAGAGAGGCGCUACAAGUGUCCCAUAUGUGGUAAAAGGUUCUUCCAGAUCGGCCACUUGAAGAAACACCAGUUCAGUCACACGGAUGAGAAGCCUUUCACCUGCCAGGAGUGUGGGAAAAACUACACGUCAGCAGAAAGCUUCAAGGCUCAUCAGAUGAGUCACCGCGGGGAGCGUCCCUUCUCCUGUCCUCACUGUGAGAAGACGUACGGCCUGAAGCGGGACCUGAAGGAGCACAUGGUCCUGCACACGGGGGAGAAACCCUAUACCUGUGAGCACUGUGGGAAGGCAUUCGCACGCCGCCCAUCCCUACGCAUCCACCGCCUCCUUCACUGCAGCAGAAUGAGUUACACACAGCCUCCUAAGGUGCAGUGCACAGUCUGCCGCAAGCUUCUGGCUAACUCGGGCUCUCUGAGGAACCACAUGAAACUCCACACGGGGGAAAAACCUCACAUCUGUCAGCACUGUGGGAAGUGCUUCAGUCAGAAAGGAAACCUUGAGUGCCACUUGAGAAUCCACAAUGGAGAGAAACCGUUCUCCUGCUCAGAGUGCAGUCAGACAUUCUCCCAAAAACCGGAGCUGCGUCGGCACAUGUUCUCCCACACCGGAGGCGGUUUUCUCUGUAGCUACUGUGGAAAAUCGCUGAGGGACCCCCACAGCCUAAGGUCCCACGAGAGACUGCACACUGGAGAAAGACCCCAUUGCUGCCCUAUCUGUGGAAAAGGCUACACGUUGGCUACCAAGCUGAGGAGGCACGUGAAGUCGGCCCACGUGAAGGAGAAACCAUACACCUGCCACUGCGGCGCUUCCUACACUGUGAGACAAAGUCUGCUGAGGCACCAAGCUCAGCACAGGACAGAGGGAGGAGUUCAAAAAGAGGAAGAAGAAGGAAAUGGAGAGGAGGCGCACACCGGAAAUCAGGAGUUAGCAACUUCAGGAUGCAGUCACCCAAAGCCAAUCAGAGGCAGGCCCAAGAAGAACUUCAUCCCUCAGGGCACAGCAGAGACGGAGGGAGGUGAGGUGAAGCAGAGAAGAUCACAAGAAAAAGAAGAGGAAGCAAAAUUAAAGAGACUUGACUCCUCAAGAGAGGGAGAUAGCGUAGCUAACAUCCAGCACGCCGUCGUGUACGUCCACACAGACGACCUGUCGGCGCCAAGCUCCACUCCUCUGCUCUUCACCUCAGAGGGCUCGCUGCCUGCAGGGACAGAACAGGAGCUGGUGGAGGUGGUGAUAUCGGAAAGCGCAGAGCAGUGCAUUGUGGUCCACGGGCAGCAGGCGGUAGGAGAGCUCCUGAUCUUACAGGAAGAAGGAAGUGGACUCUGCUCUGUUGCUCAGACAGUAGAGAUAAACACAGUGUAGCUGUGUUCAUGGCUUCUGAACCCUUCAAGGACAUCUUUAGUAUUUAGCCCCUUCCUUUAACCUACCUCAUCAACGGUUUAUUUAUUUUGGUAUUUUUUGCAUAUGCGUACCUUUUAUUGCCAUUGAACGACCUUUAUAGAACAGCUGUGAACUAAUUUGAUGGAUUAGCUGCCAUCAAACGAUGCACACGUUCUGCCUUCUGUACAGGAAAGCGUGUGUGUAUAGAAAAAGCUCUGAACACGAGCGAACUGUUGGAUUCUGUCACCCAGUGCUGACAUUUACUGCUGAUGCGCAGCACUUAUGCUGUAAAAUUCCCCUUGAAGCCACACUGGAAAUAUCUCUACUUGACAUCAAGUCCUCUGCAUUUACUUGGUUAUUAUCUUGGUUAAAAAAACAAACAAAAUAAAAGCGCAAAACAAGUUUGAAUUUAUCAUUAGGGUCUUGUCAUUGUGACCAAAGAGCUCAAUCUUUGUCUCGUUUGACCAUAAAACCUUCUCCAGAAGGCAGCUGCACAUGUCAGCCGAGCUCGUGUACGUUUUGUAGCAGAGGCUUCAAUCUUGGUUGGCACAAUCGGUCCAUUACAAUAACUGGCUUCACUCGUGGUGCUGGUGUUCGAGCAGCUGCCAGUUCAUGGAAGAUUUAAGGCUUAGUGGUUCCUGGGUUGUUCCUAAACAGAUUCCUGUUCUGGGUGACAGAUUUGGUCGUCCUACAGACCUUGGAAAUAUGGUGACACAUCAUACUUAUGUCCAGUUACAGAUCUCAGAAUCUGCAGUUAUAUAGAAAUGAUCCAUUAGGCUUCUUUUGAUCGUGCUCCACAUUCUUGUUGUUUAAAGUUAUUAAAGAUGUGUCCUGUACAAUCAUUCCUCUGUGGAAAAAGAAAAAUCCAAGAAAUAAUUGAAAGCCCAGACUUACCAUGACAUUCAUGGCCAUGAUGAGUGUAUGCACAUUUUUGACCACAACUGUGUGUACAGGAGGUUUUAGACGAUGAUAUCGUUUUUGUAAUUUUGCUGCUCUAUGAUGAUACAGAGAACUGUAAAUCAAACCAUCAAAAUAUGAGUAAAGUGCAGACUUUCAGCUUUAACUCAAGGGGUAACUGAAAGACCACAAAGUGGAUGGUCACAGAAUUAUUUCCAUGGUUAGGAAAAACAACUUCACAACAUCUAAAGACAUCAAGUCAAGAACAUUGUUGAGGAGGUGGGCAUAUCUCAGGCCUAUCAAUGUCUACACAUAAAUACAGAAGAUUUGCAGUAAGGUGCAAACCAGAUCGGGAAGGCCAGAGUAGACUUUGGCAGAGAGCAGCUGAUGAUGGGGCGUCAUGGCCAUCACACACUACAGCAGGUGAACUCUGAACUACGUACAUACUCAGAGAACUGGAUUUGCAUCCAUUAACUGUUGUUUUUCUAGCUAAACGUUUUACAGCCGUUGUUCUGGGAAGGACACCUUUAUAUUGCAGUUGUCUUAUGAGCUUUGUCCACGUGUUCUUUAAUCACUUGAGGUCUACAUAAAAAUAGGCUGUUAUGUAAAAUUGUGUCCUUGUGCUGUUGUACAUGGCAGUCAGGCCUGCAUAGGCAAAUGAUGAGAAUAAAUGGGUGUUUGACCUUUAAACUAACCUUUCCUCCUUUGUUGUAUUCCCUCUGUGUAGGAUGCCAUGUUAUAAAGGUGCGCUUCAAUCAGGGAUCCCACUCAUCAUUAAAGACAAAAGGCUGUUCGAACAAAUGGGAUCUAACUAAUUCCCCCGUGGAAACGAUUGGAGAACAUGCAGCACUGUGCAAAGAUAUGACGCCUGAAUCUUAAAAUAAACACAGACGUAUAUACAGACAACUAUUGUGAGUGACAAGGAGUCUGGACCUUAGGGAUGAGCACAAUUCAAAUUUCCACAUUAGGAUAAAUGUUGUGAUUAUUGCAAAGCUGUGCUUUAGAUGGUGGCUAUAUAUUAGGCUGUUUUCUCAUGAAAUAGUGAGAAGAAGUACGCGUGCAAUUUCUGUUUUGAAAAAUGCGUUCUUGGGAAGUUAAGCAGACUUAAGGGCACUCACAGGCUUCAGGUCUUAAGGCAGUCACCAUGUAAUUGCAUGUCUGUGGUUGGAGGCUGCCUGGAGAACUUAUGUUGCAUGUCAGCCCCUCUCUCUUUCACCUCCUUUCCUUCACCUUUCUACCAUCGGCUCUCAAAAGGAAUGAAAAUGUCUCCCAAAGCUGCUGAAGGCAGGAAGAAGAAAAGCAUUAGAAAGUAUCCAAAAAGUAUCAUUUUGGAUACUUUCUAAUGGCAAAUAUGUCCAUCCAGACAAAGUCUAUAUCACAAAGCGAGCUGUCUGAAUAAUUUGAAAGUUAGUAUUUGGCAUUUUAGAGUCACUUUCAUCUACUCCACAAUUUACAAUCUUUCUGUUUAGUCCUUGGAAAUAUACACAGCCACUAGAGUAGUCUAGACUUACUUCACUUUAAUUCAUAUGUAGAAGUGAAGAAAAGAAACCUUACAAAGCUAAGAGACACAAAAACCAAAGAAGAACCAGAGGCUCUGUGAUGUGAGGUUGUCACAGUUUUUAAAAUUCAAUUCAAUUGAAUUUUAUUUAUACAACGCCAAAUCACAGUAACAGUCGCCUCAAGGCGCUUUAUAUUGUAAGGUAGACCCUACAAUAAUACACACUGUGUAUUAUAAUACAUAAUAAUACAGACUGUAUUAUUGUAGGGUCACAAACACUACUGUCUGGUGUCUUAGAACCAGGAGACUGAGACUGGGGAUACAAGCAGAUUCAGCUUGUCUGCAGAGGCUCACUCUGUCUCACUGAUAGUAUUGGAAGCAUGUGAGGUGACGGGGAAAUGUCCCACCAGAUCGAAGGCCUGGGGCAGAUCUCUUCAGGCUUUGGAAUAAUUCAUGGUAGAGUGGUCUGGGCAUCUUGGAUCAGACUGUUGUCCCCAUAAACUGGACUCCAGUAAGUAUCAGAUGAUGGGUGUAAAGAAGGAUGGAAGUGCUAAGCUAUUAAUGUGAAGGCCGAGAUGAUAGUGGUAAGAAACAAAACCAAAUAAAUAAAAUAUCAUUCAAUAAAACCAGCCGACAAUCUUCUUGUAUGGUAUAACAUAUUUGUCAGGUAAUGCUUGUGUCAUGCACCUGUCAGUCCAGGUGGGCUGAUAGGUGCACUCUGACAGAAGAGGCUAUGGGGGUUACUAACGUUUGGGGACAGCCUCAUGUGUCCUUUUAAGGAACUGGUUAAAAUUGCACCAAUAAUUACCAGUAUCACCCAUUUGAUGAGGCUGUGUGCACUCCAGUGACAUCACCGCAUAGAAACAUGAAACACUGUGUUCUGAGUCUGUUCACGUUUCUCAGGGAGUAAAUGCAAAGCCUUAGUCAUGCCGCUGAAAAUGGAUAUGAGCCGCUGGAGCCCCAGCAUGUUAGCGUCAUGAAAAAUACAUACAACCAGAUCUCAAAGGCUAAUGGAUGUGUGACGCACACAGAGAAGUGGUGAUGCACGGGCCGAGGGGGAAAAAAAUCAAUUCAUAUUACUUAGUUAAAACUUAGCCAUAGUUACUGUAUCAGGGCUGCCACUCAGCCAGCAGGUAGAGAUUAUGUUUAAUGGUUUCAGAGCGCCUUUGAAAAAAUGUCUGGAAAAUAAAUGAAAAAUGAAAUAAAUGAAAAAAUGACAUGAA